GUCAAUAUAAAAACAUUGAAUUUGCAUUUUGCCUAUGCCGAAUAUACCUAUUGCAAUUGUAAUUUUGAAGAAUUUUGAAGAAUUUCACCGUAAUUGACGACCAGUAAUGGCUGGGAAAGUGAACAAGUUUGAAACGCCGAGCUCAGCAAGCUCAGAUAGUGACUCUGAAUUGGCGUUGGAAAUAAGUGAGCAAGUGUUUAUUGAUGAUGAGGAUUACAAUCGUGCUCCAGCUUCACCCACUACUGUCCCCAACGUAAGGUCAUAUAGACCUCCUUCCACAGGCUCAAAUAUCUUAAAGUCUCCCCGCGGCAGACGAGUUCGAACCACAUCAAUGUCUCAACCAAAUAAGAAGACCACAGCAGAGAGUAUACUGCAUGCAGACAGAAGAACGAUCUAUACGGCGGGUAGACCGCCCUGGUACAACUGCACUGGAGGACAGGAGGUGGAACCUUUUCUUAUUGGAAUAUGUGGUGCCAGCGCUUCUGGCAAGACCACAGUGGCCGCAAAAAUAAUUGAAUCUCUCAACAUACCCUGGGUUACAAUUGUCAGUAUGGACUCGUUUUAUAAGGUGCUAAAUGAGAAGCAGCAUCACGCGGCGAUGCGGAAUGAAUACAACUUCGAUCACCCGGAUGCGUUUGACAUGGAGCUCCUGGAAAGUGUCCUCCAGCGUUUAAAAGAGGGGAAGAAGGUGGAAGUUCCCAUUUACAACUACGUAACACAUUCGCGGGAGCACCGUACUAAAACGAUGUACGGCGCGAACGUGAUAAUAUUCGAGGGAAUUCUCGCUUUCUACAAUGCACAGGUGUUGAGCAAACUGGAUAUGAGGGUGUUCGUAGAUACGGAUGCAGAUAUCCGGCUCGCGAGGCGUUUGAGAAGGGAUAUAGUCCAACGCGGUCGUGACCUAGAGGGUGUUCUCAAACAGUACAUGACGCACGUGAAGCCGGCCUAUCAGAACUACAUAGCGCCCUGCAUGGCCCAUGCCGAUAUCAUUGUCCCGAGGGGUGGAGAGAACAAAGUGGCCAUUUCACUCAUUGUACAACAUGUCCAUAAACAGUUGCAGUUGCGCGGCUUCAAAGUCCGUGAAAAGUUGGCGAUCGCGCACGUGGGCCAGCCCGUACCGGACUCGCUCUACGUACUUAAGGAUACUCCGCAGGUGCAAGGUCUCCAUACAUUCAUACGUAACAAGGAUACGCCGAGGGAUGAGUUCAUAUUCUACUCGAAGCGUCUGAUGAGACUGGUCAUCGAGUUCGCGUUGUCCCUCUUGCCCUACUCCGAACAUCAGGUUGACACGCCCCAAGGCUUCACUUACACUGGUCGUAAAUGCGACGUUGAGAAGAUCUGUGGCGUUUCGAUCCUUCGAGCCGGAGAGACGAUGGAGCAGGCCGUGUGCGACGUGUGCAAGGACAUUCGCAUUGGGAAGAUUCUCAUACAGACGAACCAGCAGACUGACGAGCCGGAGCUGUACUACCUCCGUCUCCCAAAAGACAUAAAGGACUACCGCGUGGUGCUGAUGGACGCGACGGUGGCGACGGGCGCCGCGGCCAUGAUGGCCGUCCGGGUGCUUCUGGACCACGACGUGCCGGAGGAGCACAUCAGUCUGGUCUCGCUGCUGAUGGCAGAGAUCGGGGUGCAUUCUAUCGCUUACGCAUUUCCCAAGGUGAAAAUAAUAACGUCGGCGUUAGAUCCGGAAAUAAACGAGAAGUUCUAUGUUUUGCCCGGGAUCGGGAACUUUGGGGACCGCUACUUCGGUACGGAGCCCUCUGACGAGGAAUGACUGAUGACCUAGGAGCGAGAGAGAUAGAAGUAUCCGCGCGCUGCGAGUGAACGAGACGGCAAUAUGUUUGGCAGUUCCAUAUUUAAACGCUUCACAGGUUUGAGCGCCUAUAGCACGACUAUAUCGUAAUAAAAUGUACCUUAACUUUAGGUUAUUAAGGCGCUAUUUCAUUUGGUUUCAAUAUGAAGUCCUGCUAGGGAGAGUCCCGAAACAUUAAUGACUGGUUUAAAUAAAUAAAAACUAGUUUUUAAUUAAUUUAUUUCGUUUGUGUAAAUCUAGUCAAAAACGUACAUAAAUGUCAAUCGUACUGCGUGUAUCGUGUUUUUUAGUGAAUUGUACUUAUGGCGAACAGUUAAAGCCAAAGAAUUGGUCAAAUUAAUUUUUAUUCCUAAAGCUUGAUGUGUUUAACUAAAAUGUAUACAAAUGUAUUUAAAAUCGCUGUUAGAUUAUUGUGUGCUUCAAUUAAUAAAAACUUGUUCCUAUAUAUUGAAAUACUCCUGUAAUAUAUAGAAACUAUGCAAUCAGUGCAUUUAACUUAAAACCUACUUAAAAUUAUACUUAACAAAUCUUUGUUUGAGCUGUCUUCUAUUAAAACUCGUGCUUUCAAAAGCCGAUGCAAUGUCUCCAUCCCUUUCUACACUUUAAUGGCGAAAUGAGAAGCGAAACCUCGAUAACACGAGACUAUAAAAUGGUGCUUUUAAUUUCAGAAAUAACUUUACAGAAUAACACAAUAAUUAGCAUUUAUUUUUGUAAGGCAAGUAUACGUUCAUUCCGACACGACGCUGCCAUUUUGUUCUCUAUCGCUUCUCUAUCUCUUACAGUAUUGUCUUCUUUAAGUAAUAAGACUUAUCAUAGGUUAUUGUGCUUUUAGAGAGGUUUAGGUUUUGUAAUUUAUUACCGGCUGAAGUUGGUCUCUGGCAUCUGAGUAUAUUGAACUCUCAAUAUAACAACCAAUUUUAACUAUUACAGUUUAAAAAACAUUGGUCGAGUAAACCAAAUAUAAUAAAUUUUAAACCUUCAAAAUAUUUUCCUCAUAAAUAAUCUCCGAA